AUCAUAAUCAAAUUUCAAAUACAUCAUCUUAUGCAGUUUUUGACGCUCUAUCUUUUGAUGUAUAAUACAUUUGAAUAAUAUUUAGUUCUGAGUUAGAAAUCUAAGUUUUUCCGAAAAUUUCGAUCCUUCUCAGUAAAAGAGGGUUUUGAGUACGAAGACAGAAUCAAAAGUCAAAAAUGUUUUUGUCAGUCGGUAGCUCUUGAAAUUCUCUAUCGAGACAUUGCCAUUUGAAUUUUUUUGUCGAAAAUCUCUUGAUUAGGAAAAACGAAAUACUGAAGAUGCGUGUUUUUCGUUUUUUAGGAAAAUACUAUUUUCUACCUAACUCCACCAAAAUAAGUUGAAACUUAACGAUAUUUUCACAUAUGGUAGAGUUUAGUGAUAGCUUUCUUUUGACGAAAGGAUGAAGUCUCUAUCUAUCAGAAAAGCCGAGAUAUUGCAAAAUAAAAAAGGUCUUAAACUUUUGAACAGCACUGUAUAUAUAAAAAUUAAACCGGUCCUGAAAGGGUUAAUAUAAAACAGACGGCUUCUGAGUUAAAGGAUAGGUUCUUUUCCCCUGGGCGAAAACGUUUUGGAAAAUUAAGCUGUCCCUGUUACUUUAAACCCAGUGCCGUAUGUGUUUGCGGGAAGAAAAAUUACAUUCCAGUUGUGCAAUCCUGCAGUUAUUUCGUGAGACAUAAACGAGUCAUGUUAUACAACUUUAAAAAGGAAUGGACUGAAGUACAUCGUUACGAAAAAUCAAUACCCCUAACAAUACACGACGUCAACCAACAUUUAGUAUUGAAUUUUGGAAUAUACAUACAAGCACAACACAAUUAUCCGCCUGUACAAAUAAUUCUGUAGAAGCAUGGCAUCGUCGUAUAGGAUGUGCAUUUCAAUGCGUACAUCCUACGCUUUGGUCAUUUUUACAAAAACUAAUUCAUGAAGAACAUGCAACACAUGCUGAUAUUGUUCAUAUAAAUAGCGGUGAAGCACCAAAACAUAAAAGUAAAACAAAUGAACGGUUUGAACGACGUCUUUUAAAUCUUUUAUUGCAUCCACAUGAUGAUAUUCUUAUGCAACUAAAUAAUAUUGCACAUAAUAUUUGCUCAUGA